CCUUUUUGAACGGUGAAAAGCGGUUUCACAAACAUUCGAGAGGGAAACUGCGACGCCAACACUUUGCUCAUUUUGGAAGACUAAUAUUGGAAUAAUCUUCACAUUUUUGAUUCAUCAUGUCACACAAACAGAUCUACUACUCUGACAAAUAUGACGAUGACAAAUACGAGUACAGACAUGUAAUGUUGCCUAAAGAUAUUGCCAAGCGUGUCCCCAAAACUCAUCUAAUGUCUGAAUCAGAAUGGAGAAACCUGGGCGUGCAGCAAAGCCAGGGAUGGGUUCACUAUAUGAUCCACCAACCAGAGCCCCACAUCCUACUCUUCAGACGCCCCCUAUCCACUCAGAAGUAAAGAUCAAAUAGGUCCAUGGUCAUCCCAAAAUCUCAGGAUCUCAUCAUGAUGCAAGACCCUGCUCAUGGACUGACCCUGGACCUAAACGUGAACUAUUAUGAACUAUAAUGUUGAUGCAUGAAGUAUGUCUUGAAGGGAAAACUCCUAUUCACACAGACAAGAUGUCUCCAUGUUUAACAUUGUCCACAGCGUCUUUCAUCAAAUUGCACUGUGACUUGUGAUGUAUAGGUCUGUUUUGCUCAGCCUGCUUGGAUAUGCCAGCUUUUUAAAAACAAAUAGUAAAAUGUGGGGAGCGAGGGAACGUAUUUUGAGUUCUUAAAAUGCUAACUUGGUGAGGCUCUGGUCAGACAAAGCUACUCAAAUUGUUGCUACUCUUUUGACUCAAAAUUAUCCAUCCGCAGUUGGGAAUUGACAUGUUGCUGCUCCGUUAAAAUGUCAGUUGGCAUUUAACUAUACUUAUCAUGUUGUUUACUAUCUGCGUUGAGUCUCAGCUGUUUUGAAAACAAGUAUUUUGUUUUGGCCCCUAAAACCUUGCAUUUUGUCUUGAGUACCAGUAAGCAGCUCAGUAUUUAUGAAUGUGUUGCCCUUUCUGAAAUAAAUGUAACUUUCUUUUCCAUUUUA